AGAGAGAGCGAAAGAGAGAGAGAACGAGCCGGGAACAGUAGCAGAGGGAGAAGGAGAAGCAGGCUCCCCACUGAUCAAGGAAUCAGAUACCAGGACUUGAUCCCAGGACCCAGAAAGAUCAUGACUUUCAUGACCAAAAGCAGCCACUUAAUCAACCGAGCCACCCAGGUGCCCCUCCAGUUAUUUUUUAAAAUUGGAGAACAUCAAUUGACAGGCCAUAAAGUGGCAGUUAAAAUCUUAAAUAGACAGAAGAUUCGCAGUUUAGAUGUUGUUGGAAAAAUAAAACGAGAAAUUCAAAACCUAAAACUCUUUCGUCAUCCUCAUAUUAUCAAACUAUACCAGGUGAUCAGCACUCCAACAGAUUUUUUUAUGGUAAUGGAAUAUGUGUCUGGUGGUGAAUUAUUUGACUACAUCUGUAAACAUGGACGGGUUGAAGAGGUGGAAGCAAGGCGGCUCUUUCAGCAGAUUCUGUCAGCUGUGGAUUACUGCCAUAGGCAUAUGGUGGUUCAUCGAGACCUGAAACCAGAGAAUGUGCUGUUGGAUGCUCACAUGAAUGCCAAGAUAGCUGAUUUUGGAUUGUCUAAUAUGAUGUCAGAUGGUGAAUUUCUGCGAACUAGUUGUGGGUCUCCAAAUUAUGCAGCACCUGAAGUCAUCUCAGGCAGAUUGUAUGCAGGUCCUGAGGUUGAUAUCUGGAGCUGUGGUGUUAUUUUAUAUGCCCUUCUUUGUGGCACCCUCCCAUUUGAUGAUGAGCAUGUACCUACGUUAUUUAAGAAGAUCCGAGGGGGUGUUUUUUAUAUCCCAGAAUAUCUCAAUCGUUCUGUUGCCACUCUUUUGAUGCAUAUGCUGCAGGUUGAUCCCCUGAAACGAGCAACCAUCAAAGAUAUAAGAGAGCAUGAAUGGUUUAAACAAGAUUUGCCCAGUUACUUAUUUCCUGAAGACCCCUCCUAUGAUGCUAACGUCAUUGAUGAUGAGGCUGUGAAAGAAGUGUGUGAAAAAUUUGAGUGUACAGAAUCAGAAGUAAUGAACAGUUUAUAUAGUGGUGACCCUCAAGACCAGCUUGCAGUGGCUUAUCAUCUUAUCAUUGACAAUCGGAGAAUAAUGAACCAAGCCAGUGAGUUCUACCUCGCCUCUAGUCCCCCAUCUGGUUCUUUUAUGGAUGAUAGUACCAUGCAUAUUCCCCCAGGCCUGAAACCUCAUCCAGAAAGGAUGCCACCCCUUAUAGCAGACAGUCCUAAAGCGAGAUGUCCAUUGGAUGCACUGAAUACAACUAAGCCCAAAUCUUUAGCUGUGAAAAAAGCCAAGUGGCAUCUUGGAAUCAGAAGUCAAAGCAAACCGUAUGACAUUAUGGCUGAAGUCUACCGAGCUAUGAAGCAGCUGGAUUUUGAAUGGAAGGUAGUGAAUGCAUACCAUCUUCGUGUAAGAAGAAAAAAUCCAGUGACUGGCAAUUAUGUGAAAAUGAGCUUACAACUUUAUCUGGUUGACAAUAGAAGCUAUCUUUUGGACUUUAAAAGCAUUGAUGAUGAGGUGGUGGAGCAGAGGUCUGGUUCUUCAACACCUCAGCGUUCCUGUUCUGCUGCUGGCUUACAUAGACCAAGAUCAAGUUUUGAUUCUGUAACUGCGGAGAGCCAUUCACUUUCUGGCUCUCUCACUGGCUCUUUGACUGGAAGCACAUUGUCUUCAGUUCCACCCCGUCUAGGCAGUCACACCAUGGAUUUUUUUGAAAUGUGUGCCAGUCUUAUCACUACUUUAGCCCGUUGAUGAUGUUUCUUUAGUUUCUGUCUUUCUGUUAUAGCACUGUGAAAAUCAGAUAGAUUCUUAAAAUUAUUAUUUUACUUAUGGAUAUCAUACACUCUGGAAUACUGAUGGAGAGUCGUGAGUAUUUCCAGGGGACACUCAAUGACAUUGAAAUUAUUGAAAACAAAAAACUCCGACAUUUUAUUUACAUAUAGACGUCUAUACUUCUGUUUUGCCUAUGAUAAAUUCAUAGAGGCAGUAUCUUUAAUUGGUGAACAUUGAUGAAGAGUAUUGUUACUUUAAAAUUGUGAGUUCACUACAGAUGAUUAAUACACCUUCACUGGUGAGUCAUCUCAGUCAAAGGGUGGUUUGGCAAUACCUCUUUGCUCUACUAUUUAGUGUAGGUAAAUCCAGUUUAUUUCCUAAAGUUCAGCAGGCUUUAAGCUGUGUUAUGCACCCAGUCUUCUUGCACAAGAUUAAGAAAAAAUUAACACAGCCAUUAGUAAGAUGGUAUUUAAAUGUUGAAAUCUUAAAGGCUGGCCCCCAGAAUUUCAGAAGCCAAGUUCUUCUAGUAGUUUUAGGUUUUGAAAAUACUGCCUAGUGUUUAACAGAAGGGUUGUGGUCCUGAAACAGAUAACUGGUUUCUAGGUUCCUUAAAAACAGCUUAUAAAAAAAACAAAAAAAAAAAAACAGCUUAUAACCAGCUAGAGAUUUUAUUUGAGAUUUCCUUGGAUAAUAUAUUUACUUAAGAGUCUUCGGUGUUCUACUCAGUAUUAGAACAUCUGAAAUUACAAUUUUUGGUUUUUCAUAAAAAACAUUUUUUUAAACUUAACAUCAUUUAAAAACAUGCCUUCGAAACUACCUUUCUCAAAUUCUUUUUGCCUCUAUUUAUUUUUGUAUUUCACAAGCAUGAUAAAAUAGUUAAAUGAAACAAAGCAAAAUACCAACAGUCCCUUAAAAUAGAACUUUUACCUUUGGUUUAAUGUAUGUGGUGGUGGGGAGUGUGUGCCUAUGUCCCCCUGCAUCCCACAAUGCUAAUUCUUCAUCUAAAGUUCAAGUUUAUUAUCACAGCCAUCUAUCUCCCCCUCCCGCCCCCCCCCCCCCGCCCCUACCUUCCCACCACCAGUUUCUUUGUUGUUUGAUCCUUAGUGGCUGAUUUACUUAGCUUUUAAAUCUUUUCUGGUUCCCUUUCUUUGUUCUGAAUCUUGGUUGCUAGCCAUCCAGUUUGAAAACACUGUUCUGGCCCUAAGGGUUUUUUUGUACCUCCAAAGCUUAGUGGGUUGUGACCUUACCUGUUGAGGCUGUUAGGCUAGGGAAGCCUUAAACAUUAAAAAAAAAAAAAAUUCUCUCUUGAAUAAAUGUAUGUGUUGUUUACAUAUAUACAUAUAUGUAUUCACACACCAGUGCUUUUAAAGGAAAAACCAAGCAGUUUCUUUGUUUUGCUUUGUGCUGGUUUUUUUUUUUUAAAGUUUAAAAAGAAACCUAUAUACAGCAGAUUAGAUAAUAGCUCAUUGCUUAUAUUGUUUUAGUCAAAGUAUUUAAUUUUUCAAUUAUGUGUAAUUUAUCUAAUUUGUAUUUAUUCAUUUGUUUAAUGUGUUAUAAUUACACUCUCAUUCACCUGACUUACCCUAGAUAAGAUUAAGCUCUUGAAAACAGGUUUCUGUUUGCCAAAAAUAAUGUUUUCUACCAAGAAGCAAAUGAAAAUCUUUGGCCAAGUUUCUCUUAUGUUUUUGGAAGAUAAGCAUGUCUGUCUUUAAGUAGUUUCGAGUCAGGAGUUUGCAGUGUGUCACAUCAUAUUGGUUUAUAGAACUUUUUAAAAAUAGUGUUAAGUAACUUUUAAGUCUGACUUCAUAAUAUCUAAAGGAAUCUUUGCUCACCAAUUUGGGAAAAAGUGUGGGUUUGCAUUAAACUCUUUUUAAGUUUAAACCUUUGAAAGAUUGCCAUCUAGUGGCACCAAAGGGUACUUUUUGUGAUUGUUUUUAGAGGGAUAAUCGUUCUGCCGUGCGUUAUAGAUAGGGCAUAAUUUUAACGUCUUCAAAUGUGUAAAUACCUCUUUUGGGAAGAACAGGUCCACCUCAUACGAUUUGCUUUACUAUGAUUGAUCUUAGAAAUAGGAAUUCUGAUGAUUCCUUAUCCCUAAUGACAAAAUCCCUAACAAUUUUGAAGGUGGAAAAACAGCAAGGAAUACAGUGGCAUUUUAGCUUUGUUAGUCGAAUAAAUCAGAUAUUAAGAACUUAUUCAUAUAAAAAUACUUUAUAUUGGUGAUUAUCAUGUUUAUUGAGAAUUAAAAAUAUUAUAUGCUAUUUUCUCAUUCGUGCCAGUAUUUGUGAAUAUCUACAUUUUGAUGGCUAUCUGUUGAAUUUUAGGAGAACCAGGGUUGCAGUUUCAGUUCUCUUAUGCUUACAUUUUUAAAGCACAGCUACUCUGAAUCUAGAAGGUACAGUAAAUUACAUUAUAUUGAGGAGAUUUCAGGAGGCUCAGUAUGGCAUAAUAGGGGCCGGAAUAAUAUCAGAGGAGGCUUUUGUUGCUAAUGGGCAGGAAAAGGGAAAGAAUCAGUUGCUAAAUUCCCACAUUUCAAUAUUGUAAGCUGGUUAAUCAGGGGUGUGGUAUGUGGUUGUUAGAUCUGUGGUGGGAAGAAUUUCUUCAAGUUAAGAUUUUGGAGGAGAGCUUCUAUUAUUAGGUUAUAAAGAGUUAGCUACAUCAUGGAAAUGAACUCCAUAAGGUUCUACAAUAGCAUUUCCCACACUGUAUCCCUGAGGUGCUGUGCUGAAAAACGAGUCCAUUGAGAAGUUUGGAAAGUGUUAUAUGUCACACUCUUGCUUGAGGAUGGAGUGGAUAUGAGAAUUAAAGACUUUGAAAAGUCCUUCAGUGAAAAAAAGAAAACUUUAACACUGCUUUCCCCAAAUUAAUUUAACUACUUUUAAUCUUAAUAUUCCAUGGGAAAAGGCAAAUUUGGAAAAUACUAUUUUAGGAAACUUACUGUUCCAGGUUGCUAUAAUUAAUUAUAAUAUAUAUGUAAUAUAUAUAUUACAUAUAUAUAAUAAUAUAUGUAAUUAUAUAAUGAUAAUUAACAUAGGAAAGAAUAGAAUUAAGGUAUCUUCUUACCAGUUGCUGGAGAGAAUAUGGUUCAGAAUCAGAAAAAUUUUAUUUUAACCUGUGGACAUACUCAUUUGAGCAAAUGCUGGCCUAAACAAAAUUUUGUGUCUAUGAUGUGUUUCAUAGCACCUUGAUUUUCUUAACCAGGUUGUGGUAUUGUUUGGGAGCAAAAUUUAUUAAUUGUUGUGUUGAAUGGAUAGCUGAGAAAACUUAAAGCAGAUUACUUGUAAAAAAAAAAAAAGGCCUAAGAAACUAGUGACUAAUGCUUAUUAUGGCUCUAUGGCUUUGUAGGCAAUGAGUCUAUGACAUUGAUUCUCACUUUCAAACUGUAUAGUCCAUGAACAUUUUCUAAAUACAGGACACCAUAUUUAGAUCUAAUUCCUGUAAUCUUUAAUGGAGGAACAGAUAAAUUGAAUGGGGAGGUAGGCAAACCUAUUUCAAGUUGGAUUUUGUUUUGAUCAACAAACUUUUGGCACACUUUUGUAACCUCAAGUGUUUUGUUCCUUGGUAUUAGUCUGCUAUAACAAGAAUCUAGGAGCCUAAAUUAAUUGGAAGUACCAGUAUUUCUCUGUCAGAGAAUUGGCUGUAUGUUUUACAGAAAUUCUCCAUUUUCUGCAAAUAGGGUUCCCAUAAGAGCUGCAUAAUUGUGGGUUGCUUUUUCUUAUUCUCUAGCCAGUUUGUACUCAGGGAACAUAGACUUUUUUUGUUUUUAUAUUGGAAGAGACAUAAUUAAGAAAAUAAUCAUAGACAACUGUUACAGGUUUUCUGACUGUUUGAAUUUAUUUGUUGCUUCUAUUAAUGUGCAGUAUACUGAGUUAAUAUCAGCACUGUACCUUCCACUUAUAAAAUAGAAAAGCUUAGAAUAUGCUUCCCACAGACACGGUAUCUUUGUCUGCCACUGGUUAAUAAUUUAAAUCCUGUUGAUGGCUGUGAAAUCUCAAUAUCUAAAUGCAAACCAUGUUCAUGGUUUUGUCUGUUUUUGUUUUUAAAGAACUCCACCUUUUCAAUCUGGCAUAUCUUUACCUGGUCAUUCUGUCAUUCUGUGACUUUUUAAAUAGGGAAGGUAAUUUAUUUUAAUAAUCGUUCUCAGAGGCUCUAUUAGAAAUUCUAGAUGAGGAAUAUGUGCAAUCUGUUAGUAAAUCACACCUAUGUUGGACCUCAGUUUGUAACCUCUAAAGUGGGAGGAUAGGCUAAAAGGCUUCCAAGGUACAUUUGAGCUUUAAAGUUCUGUCUUUGCCUUUUUUGUAUGAUUAUGUUAGUGUUCACUUUUUAUAUAUUUGGAGAUUUUAUACUAGUGUCAAUGUUCUGUAUUUGUUUGGUGAGGCAUUUUAAAGGUUUAUACUUGAAAAAAAAUUUAAAUACAGCUGUCCUCUAGAAUACAAAUGGCAAAAGUCAUCUAGAAAACUGAACGUGUUAAAACAUCAUGUGCACUUGGCAGAAGCAAAAUAUUACUGAUUUGAAGUAUUAGAAGUGUUCCAUACUUUUUUAUAGUGAUUUUUAGAUCCAGAGACCAUGUCUAUUAAUAUAGUUAAUACACUACAGUAACCUUGUGAGGUAUAACCACUUUGUAGUUGAGGAAGCAGGACCACAAAGCUCUUCAUAAAGCUUUAAUGCCAUACAAGUAUUCAGCAGUGAUCACUGCUCUUUCUGUCCCACCUUCCUCAAGGGGAGAGCAGUCUGAAUCACUGAAACAUCUGAGGAGUUGAGUAAUAAAGAUAAACCCAGAUGUAUUGCUUUCAAGUCUUUGAGUGACAUAAAGUAGUCUUAACUGAAUAUUUCUUAAUUAUUGGAACUGGUUGAUUAUACUAACUAAAAUUAUUUAUGAUUAGUAUAUUGAUAUUUAUCAGUACUUUUGAAUUAUUGAGGGUGCUUAUAAAAUACUGAAGGUGUUUUAAGCAUGAUUCUUCCUUUAAUUUUAUUUACUUGAUCCUUGUAGCACAGUCUUUUAUAAAAAGUAAAACUAGCUGCAGCCCCUAUCUUAAAUUAUAAUAGUUUUUGACUGUUAUCUGAAUUAGGUUUAUCUAAAUUUCAUGUACACAUUGAUAAUUUUUCAUUUUGUAUGGGUAUUUAGAUGAUAAACACUGUUUUCAUAGAGUAUAUCUCUGUUCACGAACUACCUAAUUAUUAUUGGCUUGAUAUUCUCCCAGAAAUGUAAUGUUUGAUGAGCUUUAAAAAAAUGAUACGUUACUUGAACAAGUUCCUGGCUUCCUUACUAGCCUUUCCACAUAUAAUCUUGAUGGAUUUUAUGCCACUGAACAGUAAUAGCAUAAAGUAAACAGUAAGAGCAUAAAGAACCAGACUCACAGUUGAGACUGGACUGAGUUUUAAUUAAACUUUUCAGCCAGAACCUGGUAAGUGUCAGCCUGAGUCUAGAAGUUACCAGACUGUGGGCCGGUAUUAACGUAGUGAGCCAGUAUUUUAUUUACUGCCCCACUUGCAGAGCAGUGUCAUUUUGCAGCCGUGACUGUGAUGGGAUUUUGGGUAACUACUGUUUAUAUUCAAAGCAGUUUAGGUUUUGCGGAGGUAGCUCAUGAGUAUUUGGACAAACAAGAUAGGUAAAUUUCAGUUACAUUUAAAGUGCAAUUAAGGAAACCCCAGAAUAGUGUGUUCUUUCCAGGAAAAAAAGCUGAAGUAUUUGUAGAGUAUCUUAGCAUGAAAACUUUUCUGAACAUACACAGGAUUUUGACAAGGUUUAUCUGUGUGAUUUUGCAAGGUUAACUGCUUUGUGUUGAUUUAAAAUUUCAAGGAGGCACAGGAAUGGUCUAGCCCCAGUGAAUUACAUAGUUAAUUUUUACUGCUUAUAAGAGUUUAUUUCUUACUAAAAAUCCCUUUUAAGUUAAUUUUGUUAUAAAGAAAGGCCAUUCUUCUAGAUGGAUAACAUUUUCCUGAAUGGAAAAAAAAUAGAUUAAUUGCUCUAAACAAAACACCUUAAUUGUGCCUUCUCAAAUUAUAGGAAUAGUAAUAAUUAGUCAAAAAUUUGUCUGAAGUUGUUUUUUCUAAUUGCUCUUGUUUUCCCUCAGUUCUGCCCUCCACAGAUGGUUACAUUGUUUGCUUUUGCCUGUUUGGUUUUCAGGCUCCUUUGACUAUACCUCACCCUAUACUGUCAAAAGCUGUUCACUGGAUGUAUUUUUCUGUUGCCUUUAUGUUGUUUUACUUCUUAAGUCACUUUGGUGAAACUUUGGCUGCUUUCUCAUGUUUUUAAAAUGAAUGCAGUGAUUAACAAUCUUUACAGUUCAAAUGUUUGUAAAGGCAAGAAAUAAUGCAGAGCAAAGAACAAAAAUUAAUUUGGAAUGUGAUUCUCAGUUUGGUUGGAUUUUCUUUUACAAAAUGUGGACGAUAACCUACCUCACAGACGUGUGUGAGAAACUGUUUGAGGGCCCUUACUUAAAUACAGGUUUAUCAUCAUAUUUAAGGUAAAUCCCUUCCUUUCUUCUUUUUAAUAGAAAUCUUUGAUACUGAUAGGAUGACUAUCUUGAUUUUAGAAGUUUAAUGUGGUAAGAAUAUAGUGGUAAAAAUGUUUAAGACCACAGUUUCACGAAUUAUGGUAUUCUUAUUUUAAGUGACUUAAAAUUUCUUGAAAACAUCAAAUAUUCAAAUUUUGAACUUGUCUUUUGUGGCAACAAAUAUCCAGAACUUCUUAAGUUGUUGGCUGAGUCUGCCUUAAUGUACCAAAAUACAGCUUUCUCUCAAGACUGUUCACAAAUCUCUCUGGUUGUACAAUGUUUUGUGUGUUUAAUGUAAAAUUGUUAGAGAACUGUGAACUCUAAGCAGAGUAAUCUAAAUAUUGUUUUAAGAAGAAUGCCUGUGUUCUUUGUCAUGUAUGCUUAAAUAUCAUACAGUGAAUUUUGAGUGCAACAAAUAAAACUGAAAGUUGAUAGCCAUUAGGUUAUGACCAUGACAAUCAUAAGAAAAUGCAAGAUUGGAUAUUAGUCAAAACAUUUUCAAGAAUAUCCUAUGUUCAUUCUUUCUUAGCCUAUUUUUGAAAAAGAAAAAAUACUCCAUAGGCUGAGUCACCUGUUGAAGCACUUGAUAUAUAUCUAUUAAAAUCUUUUUUAAAACCUUUGAAAUUGGGAUCACUCUUUAUAAUUUAUUUCAGGAAAAAAGAAAAAAGCCCCGACUUCAAAUGCUUUUGUGUUUUAAUAACCAUAGAUUCAAAUUUCAGUUUUGUUUGUUACGUAUUUUUUGUGGGUGUUAAAUGAUCAGUGGGAAGGCUCUGUCUUCCAGUAACCACAUGGUAAAGAUGUCAUCUUGAACAACAUAGCAUUUCAUAGUUGCAGGUUCUCCCUGAUUAAUAUUUGCACUGUGCAUACUUAUAGGUAACAAACAAAAGAGAAAAACAGCUUGAUUGCUUAUAAGCUUUUUUCACAAAAUCAAAUUAAAGUCUCUGGUUAAUGUGAAAGCUA